AUGUCAUCAGAGCUUUUCUCGAAAGUGGUGGACAAGCUGAGCGCAGAUCACCUCCAGGGAAAGGACAUCCAUACUUGCGCGGCCGAACAGCCAGACUGCGAGCUGGCUAGCAAGCAGGACAUCAUCAGAUCAUACUUCGAAGCCAUGCAACUGAUGCAAAGGCGCGCAAACAGCAGAAUACCUCACUUUUUUGCCGCAUCACACCCUUCCGAGCGUACACCCACAUACACUGUUUUCGGCGGCCAAGGGAACACUGAUCGUUACUUUUCGGAACUCGUAGAUCUAUAUGCUACGUACGGAUGCUUACUAGAAGAUAUUCUUGACUUCGCAUCUAUGAUUUUCGACCAACUCCUCACUGACGAGACAGUUGUUGACCAGUACCCUCUCGGAUUGGACUUCUUCUCGUGGCUGAAGAAACCCGAGUCCACCCCGAAUUCGGAUUAUCUGCUUUCAGCACCUGUUUCUUUCCCUCUGAUUGCCCUCGUCCAGCUUUGUAACUUUUACAUUGCUUGCAAGAUCUGGCAAUUGACCCCAGGGGAAGUUGUCGAAAACUUGACUGGAUCGACCGGUCACAGCCAAGGUAUCAUCGUCGCCGCUGGUAUCGCAGCAUGCCGCACCUGGGACGAUUUCGAAGGUGCCUUCCGAUCCUGCUUGAUUGCGCUCUUCUACACUGGAUGUCGAAGCCAGCAGCAAUUCCCCAAGAAGACUGCCUGGCAGAAGAUGGUUCAGGACGAGGCCGAUGCAAGUGAGGAACCUACACCCAUGAUGAACGUCAUGCACCUCCCACGCGCCGACCUGGAGAAACAGGCCAAAGCUUUCAACCAGCACCUCCCCGACAACAAGCGCGUUGCUAUUGCACUUGUGAACGGUCCUUCCAACAUUGUUCUCGGUGGUCCUCCAGAGUCACUGAAGAGCUUCCGUCAGUGGCUUGAGGAUCUUAAGAAAGCACAGCUCAAGGCCAAACCUAGCGCGAAACCCCUCACAACCCGAUUCCUUCCCAUCACCGCACCGUUCCACACCUUUUACCUUGCGGAGACCAAGCAAAUCAUCGUAGAUGACUUGGUUCGACACAAUGUCAUCAUCAAGCCCAGCGAUCUAUUGAUUUCUGUAUACGACAGUAAGACUGGCCGUGAUCUCCGAGAGGUUGGAGAGGAAGCUCUUUUCCCCAUCCUCACAGACGCCAUCACUACGCAAAUGGUUGAUUGGCCAUGCGCUACCACCUUUCCCACUCGCAGCUGCAUCAUCGACUUUGGACCUGGCGAGACUUCUGGAGUCGGCACAUUGUUGCACCGCACCAAGGAGGGAACUGGUACUCGUGUCAUUUUAGCAGGACCUCUCCAAGGAAACCUUCCUCAUGUUGGAUACAAGCCUGAUAUGUUCGAUGCGCCAUCGAAUGCUUCCUCACAGCGAUCAGCAGACUGGCUGAAGGACUUUGAGCCAACCUUGCUCUCUGACGCAUCAGGGAGGACCAUUGUCAGUACCAAGAUGAGCCAGCUUCUGGGAACGCCACCGCUCAUGGUUGCGGGUAUGACACCGACUACUGUCCACCCUGACUUUGUUGCAGCGGUCAUCAACGCUGGUUAUCACGUCGAACUUGCGGCUGGUGGUUACCACAAGGAAGAGGCACUUCUCAAAGCCAUUCGCACCAUUGAGCAACUUAUCCCUGCUGGAAAGGGGAUCACUCUUAACAUGAUCUAUUCCGCCCCAAGGCAAAUUGGGUGGCAGGUUCCGUUCUUGAAGAACUUGAUCGCUCAAGGAACUCUCAUCGAUGGUAUUACGCUUGGUGCUGGUGUUCCAUCUCUCGAGGUGGCGACUGGCUACAUCGAGGACCUCGGCCUGAAACACAUUUCAUUUAAGCCAGGAAACAUGGAUGCCAUCCAGCAGGUCAUCUCAAUUGCCAAGGCUCAUCCUACGUUCCCGAUCAUGAUGCAGUGGACUGGUGGACGCGGUGGUGGUCACCAUUCGUCCGAAGACUUUCAUGCUCCCAUAAUCCAGGCUUAUGCAUCAAUUAGGCGCUGCUCUAAUAUUAUCUUGGUUGCGGGUAGUGGGUUUGGCGGUGCCGACGACACUUACCCAUAUCUUACCGGUGCAUGGGCUUCCAAAUACAAUCAACCUCCCAUGCCUUUCGAUGGUAUCCUUUUCGGUAGCCGCAUGAUGGCAGCCAAGGAGGCUCAUACCUCGCUUGCUGCCAAGCAGGCUAUUGCUGCCUGCCAAGGUGUAGAGGACUCCAUGUGGCAACAAUGCAAAGGCAUCAUCACUGUCAAGUCCGAGAUGGGUCAGCCUAUACAUAAGAUUGCUACUCGUGGUGUGCAAUUGUGGGCGGAGAUGGACAAGAAGAUAUUCUCCCUCCCCAAGAACAAGCAACUCCCUGAAAUCCUGAAACAAAAGGACUACAUCAUUGAGCGCCUCAACAAGGAUUUCCAGAAGGUCUGGUUCGGCCACGACUUCCGCACUGGAAAGGCCGUUGAUCUCAAGAACAUGACAUAUCAGGAUGUUGCUAGGCGCAUGGUAGACUUGUUCUAUCUCAGCAAGCGCUCACAGUGGAUCGACCCAUCCUAUGUGCGCAUCUUUGGCGACUUCAUUCGUCGUAUCGAGGAGCGUAUCGAACUGUCGAACUACGAGCUCACUCAGCCAAUCUUCACCAGCUACGCUGACUUCGACGAGCCAUUCGAAGCCCUGCGCAACCUCGCACACGCCUAUGCGGACUGCAAGACCCAGCUUAUCAACCAAGAAGAUCAAGACUACUUCCUAAGCAUCUGCCGUCGCUCUGGCCAGAAGCCGGUACCUUUCAUUGCUGUGCUUGAUGGCGGCUUCGAGACUUGGUUCAAGAAGGAUUCCCUCUGGCAAUCUGAGUUCGUCGAAGCAGUUGUGGAUGAAGACGUUCAGCGAACUUGCAUUCUCCAGGGGCCUGUUGCUGUUGCCCACUCCACUCCAGACAACAUCAACGAGCCUGUCAAGGUUAUUCUCGACAAGAUCAACGACGGCCACUUAGACUCCAUACUUGAGCAAACCUACGGUGGCGUGAAGAAAUCUAUUCCUACUGUUGAAUUCUUUGGUCAUGUCGCUUCGCGCAAGUCUGCUAGACAGCACGGUCUUUCGAUCGUCGUUGAGCCCAACGCGACAACGUUCAAGAUCCCCGCUGAGCUCAAGGAUCUGCCUUCUCCCGAUGCCUGGUUCGACCUCCUCGCGGGUAAGAAGCUCUCGUGGCGUUAUGCAGUUUUCAAGAGCAAGACUGUCAUGAGUGGGAAUGUGAUGAUCCCCAACCCAAUCAGACAGGCUUUCACUCCUGCACACAACCUCUCUGUAAUGAUCACUGACAAGCUCCGUCACAACUUCGUCUCGGUCACCAUGAGCAGCAAUGGAACUAGUCAAACAGAUCUUUCCAUCGCGACGGAGCCCGGGAACAAGAUCAUCCUACGAAUGUACUGCUAUGAGAAUGCGACCAGUGACCCUAUUCCUCUCGAGUUCCGCUUCUCGUACCAUCCAGAGACCCCGCAUUCUCUGCUUCACGAGGACACGGCUGGCCGCACAAGUCGUAUCUGCGACUUCUACAAGACACUCUGGGUUGGCGAUGCGUACAAGGAUCCAAUCCUUCUUAAUGGAAAGCAGGGCUACAAAGCUGAUGGUGGAGAACUUGUCAUUACUCAAGAUCUGAUCAACAAGUUUAUCCAAACUAUUGGUGGCGGCAUGAGGCGCCCCGACGUCCAAGGCUAUGCCCCCAUGGAUUUUGCAAUCGUUGUCGGCUGGAAAUCCAUCAUGAAGGCUUUGCUUCUCGUACAUGGCGACCUCCUCAAGCUUGUUCACCUCUCCAACAAGUUCCGAAUGCACCCUGAGCAGACCCCACUCAAAGCUGGUGACAAGACGGAGAGCUUUGCUCGCACUACAUCUAUCAGCAUCGGCGACAAUGGCAAGACUGUCGAGGUUUGUGCGACCAUCACCCGUGACGAUGUUCCCGUGAUGGAUGUCAUCUCCGAGUUCUUCUACCGCGGUAACUACACCGACUUCUCUGAGUGCUUCACGACUCGCACAGAAGAUCUCCGCGAAGUCACAUUCAGCUCUGCCAGUUUGGCCAAUCUGCUCUUGUCCAAGGAGUGGAUUAGCUUCCACGACCCGAUUGAAGUAGAGGAACUUGCUGAGAAGACUCUGACUUUUGAGCUCGAGACCUUCUCUGCGCUCAAGGCCAAGGGCGUCUUCAGCCGCAUCCGAACUGUUGGAAAGGUAUUCUCAACGUCGAAGUCUGCUCGCGGCUCGACCGAGAUCGCCACCAUCCACUUCGAUUCCAACAACAGCUCUUCCGCCGCGGUUUCGAUCAACCCGGUCAUGGGCUACCUCGAGCGACACGGCAAGGUCGUCAGCGAUCGCAUCCCCCUCGAGCGCCCUGUCUCAUUGGACACCUGCGAGGAAGGCUUCCUGUUCGCUGCACCCGCCAGCAACUCCGCGUACUCCAAGGUGUCUGCGGACUUCAACCCCAUCCACGUAUCCGCUGCCUUCGCCCGUUACGCCGGUCUUCCUGGGCCUAUCACCCACGGUAUGCACACCAGCGCCAUUGUCCGCAGCAUCGUCGAGAUGAGAUGCGCUGAGAACAAUCUAUCCUCGAUGCGCAACUUCAGUGCGUCUUUUGCUGGGAUGAUCAAAGCUGGAGACAACAUCGAGGUUCACCUCGACCACGUUGCCAUGGCUGAGGGUAACAGGAUCAUCAAGAUUGAGGCCCGUAACUCAGCCAGCCAGGAGAAGGUCUUCGUCGGCGAGUGUGAAGUCGAGCCCCAGGAGACUGCUUAUAUCUUUACCGGUCAGGGUAGCCAAGAGCUUAACAUGGGAAUGGACUUGUAUGAGACGAGCAAAGCUGCUCGCGAGGUCUGGGAUCGUGCUGAUAAGCACUUCGAUGAGACAUACGGUUUCCGCAUCUCGGACAUUGUCAAGCGCAAUCCCAAGACACUCACCGUCCACUUUGGUGGUCGUCGAGGUGCCGCCAUCCGCCGCAACUAUCUCGCCCUGACCUACGAGUCCAUUGCUGCCGAUGGCACGCGCAGGACAAAGAAGUUCUUCAAUAUGUCGGACCACUCCCCCUCAUACACCUACAAGCACCCCAAGGGCCUCCUCUUCAGCACUGAGUUCGCCCAACCGGCCCUCACCGUCAUGGAGAAGGCAGCAUUCGAGGACAUGAGCGAGAGGGGACUCGUCAGCGAGAAGAGCAAGUACGCCGGCCACAGUCUAGGCGAGUACUCCGCUCUGUCCGCCAUUGCCAACAUCAUGCCCCUUGAGCAAAUGAUGUCCAUCGUCUUCUACCGCGGCCUGUCCAUGCAAGUCGCCGUUGAACGCGACUCAGAAGGCCGCAGUGAAUUCGCCAUGAUGGCCGUCGACCCGUCUCGCGUCGCGCCCGGCUUCGACGUCGUCCAGCUCGAACAGGCCGUCAAGGCAAUCAGCGUCGGCAACUCCGACUCUCUGAUCGAGAUCGUCAACUACAACGUCGCCAACCGCCAGUACGUCUGCGCAGGAACCUUGACCAACCUGCAAACCCUCACCGACGUCUGCAACGCCCUAUCCACCACCCCCUCCCCCACACCCGAGACCGUCUCCUCCCUCAUAACCACCCACAUCGCGGCCAACACCUCCAAGUCAAUCACAUCCCUCACCCGAGGCAAGGCCACGAUCCCGCUCCCAGGCAUCGACGUCCCCUUCCACUCCUCCUUCCUGCGCCCCAAUCUCGCCGCCUUCCGUGAGGUGCUCGAGCGAAACAUCUCAAAGGACGGUGUGCAGCCUGAGAAGCUGAUCGGCAGAUACAUCCCCAACGUCACCGCACGACCUUUUGAGAUCACCAAGGAGGCCUUCGAGUACGCGUACGAGGUGACAGGCAGCGAGAGGCUGAAGAACGUGCUUGACAACUGGGUUGAGACUUAA